AUGGAAGAAAAUAGAGAGGGCCAUGGUCUUGCAGAAAGCAAGAUUUUGUCAAUCUGGAUGAUUUUGUUUGUGGUGUUAGUUUUGUUGCCUUCGAUGUUCCGAGUGUCAUUGGGGAUUUCUCAUUUCUAUGUGAAUAUUGUAAUAAAAAUAUUAGAGUGGGCCACCCUGCAGAUUGAGGAGGGAGUAAAAAAGCAGAAGGCGCUGGCACUUGAAAAUUUAAUCUCCACUGGGAUCAUCCAGAGAGACGAAACCCCCAUGGAAGAGGAGAUUGCUGGCCGGUGCCAAGGGUGCUUCAGCCUUGCUGAUGUUAUGUACUUCUCCAAGAAGGGGUGUGAGGCAGUUGCAGAAGAUGAAGUCACUCGACGGUUCUCCUCCGAGGAACUGGUGUCCUGGAACCUCCUCAGCAGAACCAAUGCCAACUUGCACCGUGUCAGCUGGCAACUCACUGUUGUGUGGGUCAUUGGGAUCCUAAUUCGGUAUUGUCUCCUGCUGCCUUUUCGCGUCUGCUUGUCUGUUUUCAGCAUCCUGUUGCUGGUGUUGGCCAGUAUGGUAGUAGGACAGUUUCCAAAUGGCAGAGUUAAAGGCUGGCUGAGCAACCAGGUUCAGAUGAUAUGUGCCACACUAGGUGUCCGAUGUCUGAGUGGUCUUGUUCAUUUUCACAACAGGGAAAACAGACCACAGCAAGGAGGCAUCUGUGUAGCCAACCACACAUCUCCAUUAGAUGUCCUAAUCCUGGUCAGCGAUGGAUGCUAUUCCUUGGUUGGCCAGGCACACGGAGGGCUUAUAGGACUCAUUCAAAAGUCUUGCAUGCGGACGGGUCAGCAUGUCGUGUUUGAACGUUCGGAAAUGAAAGACCGUCAUCUGGUGAGGAAAAAAAUUAGAGAACACAUUGCAGAUAAGGCCAAAUUACCCAUUUUAAUUUUCCCAGAAGGUACCUGCAUUAACAACACAUCAGUAAUGAUGUUUAAGAAGGGAAGCUUUGAGGUAGGAGGGACCAUCCAUCCAGUAGCAAUCAAGUAUGACCCCCGCUUUGGAGACGCCUUCUGGAACAGCACAAAGCAUUCUAUGAUGACCUAUACUUUCAAUCUGUUGACCAGCUGGGCUAUUGUCUGUAACGUAUGGUACCUGCCACCGAUGGUCCAAGAAGAAGAAGAAGAUGCUGUUCACUUUGCCAACAGAGUCAAGGCUGCCAUUGCUGCUCGGGGAGGAAUGUCUGUGCUUCCUUGGGAUGGGGGACUAAAAAGGAAAAAGGUGAAAGAGUCUUUCAAGGAAGAGCAACAGAAAAAAUAUUGCCAGAUAGUAAUAGAAAAUGGAUCUGUGGGAAACGGAAAUGUUUGUUAAACGGUAUUUAUUUUAUCUCAUUUUUCCAUGACUUAUCUCUACCAGAAAAUAGACUGGUUUUUAUAGGAAACCAAACAUGUUUUCCUUCUGUCUCUGUAAGAUAUUUUGCAUAUGGCACAGCAGGGAAACCAUAAAGAGAUAUCCUUAUUUAAUGCAAAAGACUCUAAUUUUAUAAAUAGGAAAAUAUACAAUCUACUAGUAAAAUUCUCUCCGAUGUUGAGUGAGAAAAAUUGGCAAUAAAAUUACUUAGGCUUAUUAAAACACCAUUUUAAAACAUUUGCAAUACCUUGAGGACUUAAAUGGUUACCUGUUAGCUUCUAACAAAACAACUCUGUAGUCCUAGCCUGCUGUCUCAGUGACUUGGACUAGCAGUGUUCCUGUCAGCCACAGUAACCAUGUUGCUGUGGAGAGCUCCUCACAUCAGGAGUUAGGCAGUUCACCAAAACAUGUUUUCCAAAUUGUAUGUUGGAGAGGAAGUGUUGGAUGUCAGAGGGGGAAAAAAAACACGUGCUGACUUUCCUCUCCAUGUCACAAGACCAGGGACAGCAAUGUAGAAAGUUUUCUAUUCUGACAAAGAGCAUAACAGUGUCCAGGGCAG